CUCUUGUUUUCCCAUUUUUCUCCCAAUAUUGUCCUAACAUCUAAGGGUCCGCCGUUACGGAGUAGAUCUAAAGCCAACGUACCUUUGUAUACAGCUGCAAGCCACAUCGUCCCCGCGAUAAAGGAUUCCAUCUCACCGUCCUCCCAUUCGGCAUCCACUCAGCCCUCACCAGCUUACCCUACGUUUACCAGACGGCACGAGACAGGCUGUCUUCGUACUGAGGGUGCUGCAAUCAAUCGCUUUGUUCUGCACAAUGUCUUGAAGAUCGCGAGUUAGAAAUCCCUCAUUCUACUUCAUAACGUUCAUUCCGAAGUAUCCAAGCGCAGUCAAUCAUCAACAUGGCAACCUUCGAUAUGGCGCCCAGGCACGUCCUGGAGAUGCGAUACUUCCCCAACCCGAACAGCCUGGAUCCGCUCACGCCUGUCUACCGAACCGGUCUUAUCCCCGUCACCAUCUUCGCCAUGAUGUCUUUGAUUAGUGUUACGGCUCUACUCAUGUUCAUCACACAUCGUUUGAUCAGCUGGCGGAAACACUAUAGAGAAUACGUUGGGUACAACCAAUAUGUCAUUCUCAUCUACAAUCUGUUACUGGCGGACCUUCAGCAAGCGAUCGCAUUCGUCAUGUCAUUCCACUGGCUUCGUAUCAACAAGAUAUUGGCUCCUACAGCGCCCUGCUUCAUUCAGGCAUUAUUCUUGCAAAUUGGCGAUGUAUCGAGUGGCUUCUUCGUCCUUGCUAUUGCUAUCCACACGUGGUUGGGUGUCGUCAAAGGCUACAAGGUGCCAUACAAGUGGUUCAUCGUUUCAAUUCUGGGACUGUGGGCAUUUGUCUUGCUUUUGACCAUAUUGGGUCCGGCCAUGUACCAGGAUCGCUACUUUGGGCGCGCCGGAGGAUGGUGUUGGGUCUCAUCCGAUUACCAGAACGAACGCUUGUGGCUCCACUACCUAUGGAUCUUCAUUGUCGAGUUCGGCACCAUCGCCAUCUACGGACAUGUCUUCAUCCAUCUGCGUGGUCGCAUCCGAAGCAUCAUCAACAAUGACACCACCAAGCUCACCCGCGCAACAAAGUUCAUGGUCAUGUACCCAGCCAUCUACGUGAUCCUUACGCUCCCUAUCGCAGUUGGCCGCAUGGUCGCAAUGACCGGCACUCCCAUGCCCGACGUCUUCUUCUGUAUCGCCGGCUCGCUCCUUACAUCAUGCGGUUGGAUCGAUGCCCUUCUCUACGCACUAACCCGCCGUAUCCUCGUUUCUAACGAUAUCUCAACCGCACAAUACAACCGCACCGUCGUCACAACGGUAAACACAACCAACGCUACACGGCCCGGCGACAUCGAACACUACAGCCUCAUGUCCAUGGACAAGGAAUCUGUACCGGCACGCUCCGUCACCAUCGUCGGCGGCAGCAACAGGUUGUCACGCAUAGUCGAUCACCGUCUUGGACGCAGUCAGACACGCAAAACACAAAUGGACUCUCUGCGCGAGGAUUCUCCUACAGGCAGUCAGGACUCAAUCAUCAAGACGGGUCCGCUAUCAGAUGGGAUCAAAGUCCAGGUCGAAACGAACAUCCAUGUAUCGAUGGCGAAUGUGGACGGCGACACGAUAACGCCGACGGGUGAUAAAAGCCAUAGUCCUACAAGGCCGCAUGCACGAUGAGAAGCGGAGGACUAGGGCGGAGCGAUCUGGCAGAUCCUGAAUCUGGGGAGGCCCUGAGAUUGCGGGGACAACGGAUUGUUUGCCGCGGGAUCGGCGUUGCAUCUGGAUUGUGGCGCAUUGUCGUGUCCAAGACACCAAAAGUGGGCAUCUCUUGCUCAAGGGCGCACUCGAAGACUUGCUAUGGACGGCACACUGCGCUAUCCUACAAUGUCGAGUCGACGCGGUAUGUUUUCUUAUUGUACAACAAGCGUGGAGUUGACUGGUGCUUGAGGCGUUGUACCUUCCUUAUAAAGAUGUUUCCCAUGUUGUAUGUGGUUACGGCUGCUGUGCGGAAAAACUGUUUGUACUUG